AUGUGUUCAGUUACAGGAAUAUUCCAAAACUCUGAAGCUGUGCAAGGCAUUGAAACUUGUGCAAAGCUUUGUCAAGACCUUUCUAGAGAUUUGCCAGGAACCACAAUUUUCCCGGAUGACACAGCCUACGCAGACCAGCGCCUAUUGUUCUUCUCUCAGCAACAAUCUGAGACUUGCCCAAGCUGUUUUUUCUUGCCUACAGAUGCGAGUCACGUCUCUCAUGCAGUGCGUUUGAUAGCUGGAGGCUCUUGCCAUUUUGCAGUCAAAUCUGGUGGCCAUGCUAGCUUUGAGGGUGCAUCGAGCGCUGCUGGAGGGAUAACCAUCAGCCUCACGAAACUAGACUCGGUGAAUUUGGCAGAUAACAAAGCCAUUGCUCAAAUCGGAGCUGGCAAUCGGUGGCAUCGUGUUUUUGAAGAACUAGAAAGAUACAAUGUCACUGUGCCCGGUGGCCGUACAGGUUCUGUCGGUGUGGGCGGAUUGACUCUUGGAGGAGGCAUAUCCUUUCUUUCAGGUCGCUAUGGGGGGACUAUCAAGGCAGUACUCGCAGACGGAUCGAUAGCCGAUGUCAAUAUGACUUCCAAUCCGGAUCUUUAUUGGGCUCUCCGCGGGGGUGGCUCGGAUUUCGCUAUAGUUACCAGGUUCGACAUGUACAGCCAUCCUCAAGGAACAAUGUGGGGCGGGGUCCGAAACUAUACCAUCGAUCAGGUCGACUCUAUCCUCGACGCUUAUGUGGACUUUGGGUUGCAGGCAUCAAAAAAUCCAUCCACCUAUCAAAUCACGACGAUAUACUACACAGGAGGCGCUCACCAUCUCACUGUCGAUCUUUACAAUACCGAGCCAAUCCCAAACCCAUCAAUCUUCAAAGCCCUGGAUCGUUCUUCUGCAUAUGCCGAUACGACGGGCAUCAAUUGGAUAUCAAACAUCAGUCGCUCCAAUGCCAAAAACCAGCCAGAUGGUCACCGCGGAACGUAUUGGACAGCAACCUACAAGCUGGAUCGUGAGCUUGCCGCAAUUGUUGCCAAAACUUUCAUGCAAGAAACAAGCCAUCUUGGGAAUAUGGAAGGGCUAGAGGCGCGAUGCAUCAUGCAGGUGAUCACCGUAAAUAUGUUUCCUCAUAUGGAGAAGAAUGGUGGUAAUCCACUUGGAAUUUCCACUCGCAAGCACCCACUUAUGCUCUUGAAUCCGGUCUUUCGAUGGAACAAUCGUGUCGACGAUAUGCGCAUAAUGCAGGCGGCGACCAACUUUGUGAACAGAGUGAAUGCACGGGCGACUGAAUUGGGCCUUGAGGAGCCGUAUCUCUAUAUGAAUUAUGCAAGUCAGUUUCAGGAUGUCUUACACAGCUAUGGCCCAGCCAAUCUGGAAAGACUCCAAAUGGUGGCAGAGAAAUAUGAUCCGCAAGGAGUCUUCCGAACGCUGAAACCAGGAUACUUCAAAUUGAAUGGGCGGGUCGGCUGGUGA